AUGCCACCAUCUAAGGCCCGCAACAGCCCUUCCGACGAGCGGCGCGACCGGCUGACGCUGGCCAAGUUGGCCAGCUAUGACGACGUCGCAACGGAUGCGCUGGUGGAUUGUGCUCACUUUUGGACGAAAACCCGCAAGAACAGAACGAAAUAUAUCCCGGUACGAGGCGUGGACGAGAAGGACGUAGCCCGAAUCCUUCUCCACGAUGUCAUUGUCGCCAAGGAUGCGAUUAAGGCUGAAAAGAAGAUACUAGAAAUGUCUGGGAUGAGGAGAUUCAUACAGAAGCUUCCGAACGAUCGCGAAAAGGAUUGGUUUCGAAGGCAUCUUCGCAAGUACGUCCAGAUGUACUUGCCCGACUGCCCCUUUGAAGUGACGACCACCAACCGCUACACGAUUUUCGAGCACGAGGCGGCGAUUUGCGCCCGAAAAUUUAUCCCGCAAGGCCAGGAGAUCAAAUAUCUAGCUGGAACCCUUGUGCCAAUGACCAAGGAGGAGGAACAGGAUCUGGAUUUGAAGAGGAAGGAUUUCAGCAUUGUCAUGUCGAGUCGCCGGAAAACACCCUCCUUUUUCCUCGGCCCCGCCCGCUUCGCCAACCACGACUGCAAUGCGAACGGCCGACUGGUGACUCGAGGUUCCGAAGGGAUGCAGGUCGUCGCUACUCGGGAUAUCUAUAUCGGUGAAGAAAUCACCGUCUCGUAUGGGGAAGACUACUUUGGAAUUGACAAUUGCGAGUGUUUAUGUCUUACUUGCGAACGCGCUGUGCGCAACGGCUGGUCUCCACAUACCGACUCUGAGCCCAACAGCAAAGCGUCUACACCAGAGGUCAUGCCCAUGGAGGGGUUCCUCACACCGAAGAAGCGGAAGGCUGCCGCUGACGUCGACUCUGACACUUCGCCUUCUUCCAGCCCCCGCAAGAGGGGGAAGUUUACUCCGCGCAGCUCCAAGCUGCGAUCUGAAUUGUCUCUUACUGAAGAGGUUGCUAUCUCGAUCGAGUCGGGCAAUUCCACGACACAACGGAAGGGCCGCUCAAGCACGGAAAAUGCGCAGUCGUCCGGUACUGAUUCGGAAUCUCUCACAUCCCUGGUUCCUGAUGACUCCCAACGAUCAUCAACGUCCACUGCAGCAACCUCCGACUGUGAUGAGGGAACCAUCAAGGCUGACGAGGCCACCGUUGUGUCUAAUGUUAAAAUUACAAUUGGUGCUGAAUCUGCGACGACAUCGUGCGACGCUGAAAUCAAAAUCAAGGUUGAGAAUACUGCCGACACAACUUUGCGGGAACUUACCACACGCUCUCGUCUGAAUCUUAGAAAAGCAGAGUCCCGCUCGGAGACCUGCCCGAGCGAAGCUUCGUCGUCGCUGAAGCUCGAGGAUAAUCUCGAAGUCUUCCCGCAAGGCAAGAAACCGCGGAAAGCACGCAGCAAGCGUGUCUAUGUAUCCGUCGAACCUGAAUCAGCAUUAACGAGAGUCCCUGGAGAUUACACGAAAACCCCAAAGCUACUAGCACAUUCAUACGACAGAUGGGUAGACUGCCACACCUGCAACUCCUGGUUCGUCCAACAAAACUCGUACCUCACCCGAAGAGAGUGUCCUCGCUGCGAACGCCAUUCCGUGCUGUACGGGUUCCGCUGGCCCAAAACCGACAGGGAGGGGCCCAAUGAUGACGAAGAGCGUGUGAUGGAUCACCGCACGGUGCAUCGCUUCUUAUACCCUGAAGAAGAGGCGCUUAUCUCACGUAAGGGCCGUGGCGUCAGCUUCGGCAUCACACCCACACCUGAAUUAUCCGAGGCGCCACGCACGGAGACCCCUGAUAGCGAGACGGCUGACGAGCAGCGAAGCAUACGGGUGACCAGGCGACACACCCGGGCUCUGCGAAUGACUAUGUAA